GUCGUGCAGGAUGACGGCCGUGUCGAUGCAGGCGAAAUCCGACAGAGGCCAAAGUUCGGGCGAGUGCCCAGUGGGAGCUGCCAGGAGCUGGUGCUAGUGCCAGAUGAAGGUCUCAUCCCAACGUGGCCUGGCCUCAUCGGAAGGACGGAGCAUCGUAGAGGCAACUGAGGAAAGGGCGAUAUAAACCAUUUUUUGGUGUGUGUGUGUGUGUGUGUGUGUUGGUAUGUUUUUGGGGGGGUGGGCAGGCGGGAAUGCAGUCCAGAGACUCUCCGGCGCAAACGCAUCCGGGAGCAAUUACACAGGCGGUAACACCGGGAAGAGACCCUGGAACACCUCUCAAAAUGACAGCUCCGCUCCUUCCGGGUCCUCUUCCUACUGGCGGUUCCAGUCACGUGGUGGCCUGGCCCCGCCCACGGCUCCCAGAGGCCCGCGCGAGGCGCCGGCGGUUCGGCCGCUUCCUUGUGGCGGGAUGGGUCCCACCGCCAUGGAGGGCGAACCGCCGCCUGUGGAGGAGCGGCGGCGGCUGCAGCAGGAGCUGAGCGAGUUCGUGGAGGGCUGCUGCCGGACGCUGGAGGAGGUGACGGCGUCCCUGGGCUGGAGCCUGGAUCGCCUGGACCCCGGGGAGGAGGGGGCGGCAGAGGAUGAAGUUGUGAUAUGCCCCUAUGAUUCCAAUCAUCACAUGCCUAAAUCAUCUUUAGCAAAGCACAUGGUAUCUUGUAGAUUGAGGAAACUGGGCUAUACCAAAGAAGAAGAGGAUAAGAUGUAUAAUUCUGAUUUUUUUUAUGAGAAUGUGAAGGUACCUUCAAUUACUUUGAAUAAGGACUCACAAUUCCAGAUAAUUAAACAAGCUAGAACUGCAGUUGGGAAAGAUGGUGAUUGUUAUAAUCAAAGGAUUUACUCUUCAUUACCUGUUGAAGUUCCUCUGAAUCACAAACGGUUUGUUUGUGAUCUGACACAAGCUGAUCGUCUUGCCCUCUAUGAUUUUGUAAUGGAGGAGACAAAGAAACAGCGCUCGGAUUCUCAGAUUAUUGAAAAUGACAGUGAUCUCUUUGUAGAUUUGGCUGCCAAAGUCAAUCAAGAUAAUAGUCGAAAAAGUCCAAAGUCUUACCUUGAAAUUCUGGCAGAAGUCAGAGAUUAUAAAAGAAGACGCCAGUCCUAUAGAGCUAAGAAUGUUCACAUAACCAAGAAAUCAUAUACUGAGGUGAUUCGAGAUGUAAUAAAUGUGCACAUGGAAGAACUCAGUAGUCAUUGGCAGGAAGAGCAGGAAAGAGCAGAGGACAAUGCUGAAAAGAAUGAAGAAAGGCGAUCAGCUUCAGUAGAUUCACGGCAGUCUGGUGGAAGCUAUUUGGAUGCUGAGUGUUCACGACAUAGAAGGGAUCGGAGUAGGAGUCCACAUAAAAGAAAGAGAAAUAAAGAUAAGGAUAAAAACUGGGACUCAAGAAGAAGGAAAGAGAGGGAUGGGGAAAGACAUCAUAGUCAUAAAAGAAGAAAGCAAAAAAUAUAAAUGAGGAUGAAGAAUAUUCCAGUGUAUGUGGGCAUCACCUUUUAUUCAUCCAUCCAUCAUCUAGGGACACUUGGGUUGCUUUGGAUCCACACUCUUAUUUCAAGGUCUGCUUUGGAGAGAAACUAAGAUGUUUUGAAUUCUGACCAGGAGGGAAUGUGACAGUCACUGAUAAUUGGAAUCAGCUAGUUAAAUGGAAGGAUCCCAGAAGUCCUUGUGAGGUAGAUCCCUCAUCUCAGCCUGAAAAAGGCAUCUACACUGUCAAUAUGUGGACUGUGGGAGCAGAAGGUAAGGAACACAGGUGAUGUACAGAGAAAAACGAGUUUGCUCUUAAAUAUUGGACCCAUUGUGUAUGACCUUGCAGUGAGCCCAGUAUUUAAGCAAGAUUAUGUGUUAAGUUCUGUUAAAUGUCAGAUGGCUUCUGGAUAUUUGACUUGAGUCCUGAGCUAUGGAAGAAGUGUAUAUGCGAAGGUCACAGAUUAAAAGAAUGUAAUACCAAGCAGAUUUAUCCAGUCAGUGUUGUUAUCUUUCACAAUAUCUACGAUACACUUCUACAAGUGGUUCUCACGGGUUUGGACCAGUUCACCGGCAUGCCCUUCAUCAUGGUGUCCCGUGCUUCACCAAUGAGGAGACCACCCUUAUAAUUCAUAUGGAGGAAAUACAUGACACGGGACAUCCUGACGGUGGUGUCUGCCUGCACUAAGAACUAGCUGCAGAAGCAGAACCAUGUUCAUGUACUUAUCUGGUGAAAGUAGAAAUUACCUUUGUGGAAAGCUGUGCUGGUUUUCUGCAAACAUGUGCAUAUCCCAGAAGGGAUCCUUUGUAGUGACUAGGGAUACACUGUGUGCAUGGAUUCUCUCUUUUCUAUCUUACAAGGAACUUGUUUAGAGUCAUGAGUACUUGUGUUCCUGUGCUA